AUGUUGGAGUUACGCAAAGAUACGAUAGGACGCGCAAGCACCAUCAGUGAGUCGGUCGAAGUGGGUUUACGUUUUAUUGGAAUGUGGCCACAUUGUGCAUACGCGAAUAUCAACUGGUGGACUUAUAUCGUGUCAGUGGCAAUAAUGCAAUAUUUUCAGUAUGCGUUUAUUUUCACACACUUCGACCUCAGCGAUCUCUCGGUUUUUGUAGAUGGUCUAAGCAUCGCAUUCGGCUACAGUUUGUCGUUCCUUAAACUGAUCAAUCUGUGGUUCAAUCGUCGAAAGUUUUUCGCCAUUCUGGAUACAAUGGAUAAAGAUUGGAGCGAUGCAAUUCAUUCGGACGUGUCCACAAUGAUCAGAUACGCCAACUGGUCGCGUCAAUGUUCCAACUUAAUGAUCACCACGAAUGCAUUAGCUGUAUUCUUUUAUGUAAUCGGAGGUUUAAUAUUCCGGUCAAUGAUUCAAAAGAACGAUGGUUCAACUCGCGAGUUGCCCAUCAAAAUGGAAUUUCCUUUUAAGGUUGAUAAUUUCCCGAUUUUUGAGCUAAUAUUGAUACUUCAAUUCUUUCAUGAUUUAUCUGUAGCUUGUAUCAUCGCUAUGCUGAACGCUUUGCUCGUUACGCUGUGGCAUUGGAAUCUUAUGUUUCAACAAAUACUAUAA